AUGAAUGUAGAGAAAAAAGUUUUGAAAAGAAAACUUAAUAAAUUUAAGUUAUCUAAAAAAAAGAAAAAAGUUGUAGAGGAGAAACACGCUACUUCAUCAGAAGAUUCUGAUAGUGAUAAUGAAAAACCUCAAUCAUUAGAAAAAGUGCCAUCAUUAGAUGAGAAAAUUAAUGACAAAGAUGGUGAAGAUAAAAAUGAAACUUCGGUUAACGAGAGUAAAGUAACAUCUACUAAAAAAAGUAUAUUAACAGAUGUUAAAUUUAGUUCAUUAAAAGAUUCUGUUAAUGAAAAGUUACUAAAACAAAUUGAAGUUAUGGGAUUUGACAAAAUGACACAUAUACAAGCACAAACAAUUCCACCACUUCUUGAAGGAAAAGAUGUACUUGGAUCAGCAAAAACAGGUUCUGGAAAAACACUUGCUUUUUUGGUACCUGCAAUUGAAUUACUUCAUAAACUUGAUUGGAAACCAUACAAUGGUACAGGUGUUAUUAUAAUUUCUCCAACACGUGAAUUAUCUUUACAAACUUAUGGUGUAUUAACAGAACUUCUAGAAAACAAUUCAAGUUUAUCUCAUGGAUUAGUAAUGGGUGGUUCAAACAGAACAACUGAAGCACAAAAACUUGAGAAAGGAGUUAAUAUCUUGGUAGCUACACCAGGGCGAUUAUUAGAUCAUUUAAGAAAUACAAAAGAUUUUCAUUAUAAAAAUUUGAAGGCACUUAUAAUUGAUGAAGCUGAUCGUAUAUUAGAUAUUGGUUUUGAAAUUGAAAUGCAUUCAAUUAUAAAAAUGCUUCCAAGAAAAAGACAAACAAUGUUAUUUUCAGCUACACAUUCUUCUAAAGUUGAUGAGCUUGUCAAAGAAGCUUUACAUUCAAAUCCAAUUAAAGUUGGUUUAGAAGAACAAAUGUAUUGGGAGGAACAUGCUACUGUUGAAGGAUUAGAACAAGGAUAUGUUGUUGCUCCUUCUGAAAAACGUUUUUUGUUAUUAUUUACUUUUUUGAAAAAAAAUCGAAACAAGAAAGUUAUGGUUUUCUUUUCUUCAUGUGCCUCAGUUAAGUAUCAUGCAGAAUUGUUAAAUUAUAUUGAUAUAUCAGUUCAAUCUAUUCAUGGAAAACAAAAACAACAAAAGAGAACUGCAACAUUUUUCUCAUUUUGUGAGGCUUCUUCAGGAAUUUUACUAUGUACAGAUGUCGCGGCACGUGGUCUUGAUAUUCCAUCAGUUGAUUGGAUUGUUCAAUUUGAUCCUCCAGAUGAUCCAAGGGAAUACAUUCAUCGUGUUGGGCGUACAGCAAGAGGUGAUUCUGGUACGGGACAUGCAUUAUUAAUUCUAAGACCAGAAGAACUUGGCUUCUUAAGAUAUCUUAAAGCUUCAAAAGUAACAUUAAACGAGUUUGAAUUUUCCUGGAAUAAAGUUGCUAACAUUCAAUUACAAUUGGAGAAAUUGAUUAAUGAAAAUUAUUAUUUAAAUAAAAGUGCUAAAGAAGCAUACAAAGGAUACAUAAGAGCAUAUGAUUCUCACUCUUUAAAACAAAUAUUUGAUAUUCAUACAUUAGAUUUACUUAAAGUAUCUAAAUCAUUUGGAUUCUCGGCACCACCAUAUGUCGAUCUUCCAAUUACCAACAAAAGUGGCAAACAACGUGAAAAACCAAGUGGAGGUGGUUAUUUGAAAAAACAUAAAACUGCUUUUGGUGGUGGAAAAAGAUACUAA